AGGUGAGUGAUGUUCAUGAGUCGAAAACGAAAGCUACCCGCGGUGUGACCGACUCUGGCCUCUGUGUGGAGCCUCAAGUAACACGAACCGUAAGCUCAGGCAUGGCACUUCAAAUGUCAGCUCUAUUUUCAUAUGUUAGAGCCCCGCUGUUCACCGUCCCUCUGCCCCGUGUCCGUACCGACAUCCAGAGAGCCGGUAUCAAGUUCAAGCACAUCUUCACUCCUGGAAGCCCCCAGCUGGGAGGGAAGCCAGCAACAAGUCCUCUCCGCGGCCAUAUUCACGCUGCACCCCGAGCGGAGAAGCUUUUAACAACAACAAGAGCACUUUGGAGGUCCAGCCAGGGUAGCAGUCCUUCCUCCUCACCCCGGGGGAAAUCAGUUUGGCUGGGCAGGGUCGCCCUCGGUACCGCCCUCGGAGUGAGCGCAGCAGCGCUUGUACAGUCUCUCCACACCGGGACGCUGGCCGCCAUGGCCCUGAAAGUUAACCUCAACUCCGCUGAGGGAGACUGGAAGGAGACCAAGGACUUCUUGCUGUCUCUGUCAGUGAAGGACAGGCGUCAGUACUACAGGACUCCUAGCUCUGUGCCACUGGACGACGUAAAAGCCUGGACUCCUACAGCAGUAGCAGCUGGUUCUGAGAAAAGUCGUUAUCCCAGGAAUGAGAAGUUGGACCAGAAGAUUUCCCUCUACAGUGGUGACAUCACCCAGCUGGAGAUAGAUGCCAUCGUCAACGCAGCCAACAACUCUUUACUUGGAGGAGGUGGAGUGGACGGAGCGAUCCACCGCGCUGCAGGUCCCUUGCUAAAAAAGGAGUGUGCCUCCCUCCACGGCUGUGAGACCGGAGAGGCAAAGAUCACCUGCGGCUACGGCCUCCCAGCGAAGUAUGUGAUCCACACCGUUGGGCCGAUAGCACAAGGAGGAGUUGGAGAGAAGCAGAAGAAAGCUCUGAGGUCGUGCUAUAAGAACAGCCUGCAAACAGCAACUGCAAAUUCUGCACGUUCAGUGGCUUUCCCUUGCAUCUCCACUGGAAUCUACGGAUAUCCACCUGAGCAAGCCGUGCACGAGGCGUUAGCAACUGUGAGGGAGUAUCUGGAUGAACAUCAUGACAAGCUGGACAGAGUCAUCUUCUGUGUGUUCUUGCCGACGGAUAAGGAGCUGUAUCUGCAGAACCUCCCGCUCUACUUCCCUGCUGCCUGCUGACCAAUGACAGCAGCUUAUUGUUCAGCUCCCACAGAGACCACAGUGAAGAGUAAACUCUGAGAGAGUGGAUUGUCAGAUUUGGUUGCUGUGGAUACACACCGCCACGCUCAGCAUCCUCCUUUGUGUCGACGCAGAUCAAGACCUUCUUCAGCAGGAAGAUAACUCCUAAGAGGAUGAUUGCUUUUUUUGAAGUGCAGAUGUUGAUUAGUUUCUCUGUUUUUCGCACUAAUAGCUGAGGUUAAGAUAACUGUGUGGAGUGAUGAUACUUCUUCUUGAGAAAUGGACUGCUUGCAACUUAAACUGCACUCUAAUUUGGUCCCCUAUUGUCUGUCAUCAUCAGUGGUAGCUUUGCAUUAAACAAACACCCUAUGAGUUGUGUGCUACUGUUUUUGAUUCCAGCGAGUGUGAAGCAAUGAUAAAAACUUAUUAAAACUAAUCACACAGGC